AUGAGCUCCACAGGGGUGGCGGUCGGGCAGCCGCCCCCCAGCUCGGAGACCCCGGGCUCCCGGGGCGCCCAGCGCCAGCGCCACCGCUCGUCCGGGGUCCUCCACCUCCUGGGGCAGCAGGUGGCGCAGCUCGGGCUCAGCGAGGCGCAGAAGCGGGUGGUGGACCUGGAGAAGAGCCUGCAGUUCCUGCAGCAGCAGCACUCGGAGACGCUGGUCAAACUCCACGAGGAGAUUGAUCACCUGAAGCGGGAGAACAAGGAUCUCCAUUACAAGCUAAUAAUGAACCAGAAGUCACAUAGGAGAGCGGCCUCUCAAAACAAGGCCAGGCUUCCGCUCAACUCCAAGAAGCAAGACUCGAAACCUGACGGUCCCCAGAAGACGGACCUGGAAGAGAAGACUCCAGCUGCUCCCCUGCUUCACGGCAGCAAGCUGGACAAAGCCCCCGGGGCACCGAGGCCCUCCAAGGAAGAAGUGGAGACUUUGAAUCCAGAGGCCAUCUCGGGGUCGGGCAGCCAGCACAAGAGCAAGCAGGUGCCGGGGGUGCCCCGCCUGAUGAACCUGCCCCCCCACUUGCGCAAACCCAGUUCACUCCAGCAGUGUGAGGUGAUCAUCCGCCAGCUGUGGAACGCCAACCUCCUGCAGGCCCAAGAGCUGCAGCACCUCAAGUCUCUCCUGGAAAGGACCCAGAGGCCAUCCCAGGCUGGCCCUGAGGCUGACCCGAGUUCUAAUGACCAGGAGGCUACGCAGCUCCCCAAGGUCGCCAGCAAGGGUGUCUCUAGGAAAUGCCUGAUCCUGAGCCCCAUUCCGGUGUCGGAGCGCGCCAUUCUGCCCACCCUGAAGCAGACCCUGAAGAAUAACUUCUCCGAGCGGCAGAAGAGGCUGCAGGUGGUGCAGAACCGGCGGCUGCACCGCUCGGUGCUCUGA